UGUCUGGUACGUAGAGCCAAAAGGAACAAUGCCCUCUGUUUUAGUGUUUUUUUUAGUUUCAAUCCUUUCCCCAAACUACAAUAGUCCACACGCUAUACUCGCAAGAUAAACCACUAGAGACUUCUCUCCUCUUCUUACACACAUCUAACAUAGAUAGAGCCCCAAAAAAUAAGAGAAGGCUUCAACAUUUUCUUUCCUCUGAUGCAAAUUCCAAUUCUCUGGAUCUUUAAAAGAAAUUCUGAAUCUUGGGUUUGAUUCUUCUCGUCCUAACUCUCUCAAAGUUCCAAUCUUCCCUUAAAAAGGAUUGAGCUUUAAGUCCUAGACUCUCGCUUUGAUAUGGUGGUUAUGUUCCAAGAAGACAAUGGAACAUCCUCUGUAGCUUCGUCACCGCUCCAAGUCUUCUCAACCAUGUCACUCACAAGACCAACUCUCCUCCCUUCUCCCUCCUCAUCACCGUUUCACUCCCUCAAAGACCUCAAACCAGAGGAGCGUGGUCUCUACCUGAUCCACCUCCUGCUAACCUGCGCCAACCACGUGGCCUCAGGCAGCCUCCAGAACGCAAACGCGGCUCUCGAGCAGCUCUCUCUUCUCUCUUCCCCUGGCGGAGACACCAUGCAGCGUGUAGCAGCUUACUUCACCGAAGCGCUCGCUAACAGAAUCCUCAAGUCUUGGCCUGGUCUCUACAAGGCCCUUAACGCAACUCAGACAAGGACCAGCAAUGUCUCUGAGGAGGUUCAUGUCAGGAGGUUGUUCUUUGAUAUGUUCCCUAUACUAAAAGUGUCUUACUUGCUCACUAACCGAGCUAUACUCGAGGCUAUGGAAGGUGAGAAGAUGGUUCAUGUGAUUGAUCUCGACGCUUCGGAGCCGGCUCAAUGGCUUGCUUUGAUUCAAGCUUUUAACUCUAGGCCUGAAGGUCCACCGCAUCUGAGAAUCACCGGUGUUCACCACCAGAAGGAAGUGCUUGAUCAAAUGGCUCAUAGACUCAUCGAGGAGGCAGAGAAACUCGAUAUCCCGUUUCAGUUUAAUCCCGUUGUGAGUAGCUUAGAGUGCUUAAACGUGGAGCAGCUGCGUGUUAAGACAGGAGAGGCCUUAGCUGUAAGCUCGGUUCUUCAGUUGCAUAACUUCUUGGCCUCUGAUGUGACCAACAACAAUGGACACAGCCUGAGCGGCGACUCGGCCUCUUCUUUGCCUCUUUCUAAUUCAAGAAAGAUCGAUAGUUUCCUCAAUGCAAUAUGGGGUUUGUCUCCCAAGAUCAUUGUGGUCACUGAGCAAGACUCAGACCACAACGGCUCCACGGUGAUGGAGAGACUAUUGGAAUCACUCUACACCUACGCAGCUUUGUUUGAUUGCUUGGAGACGAAAGUUCCAAGAACGUCUCAAGACAGGAUGAAAGUGGAGAAGAUGCUUUUCGGAGAGGAGAUCAAGAACAUCAUAGCGUGUGAGGGAUCUGAGAGAAGAGAAAGACAUGAGAAGCUCGAGAAAUGGAGCCAGAGGAUUGAUUUGGCUGGUUUUGGGAAUGUUCCUCUUAGCUAUUAUGCCAUGUUGCAGGCUAGGAGGUUGCUUCAAGGGUAUGGUUUUGAUGGGUAUAGGAUCAAAGAAGAGAGUGGGUGUGCAGUGAUUUGCUGGCAAGAUAGACCACUAUACUCGGUUUCAGCUUGGAGAUGCAAGAAGUGAAUGAUAUAAUAAACACUUGUGACUUAUGUAUUCUCUUUUUUUUUUCUUUUUUUAUGAGCAGGGACGCAAUCUUACUUGUCUCUUGACUGUGACUUUCUGUCUCUUUUUUCUUGUUUUGGCGAAUGCUUCUUACUGCCUUCUGCAUAUAACAUGCCUUUUGAGUUUCCAGCA